AUGGAAAUACUUGGUGGACUGAAUGGUGUAACUAAUCCAAAUGUUAUUGGACCUUUCAACGUUACCACCGGUACCAUAACUAAUCCAUCUGACGGUGUCUUAUCACAUUUUUCCAAUAAUCUUGGAAACUACCCAUUGUUGCCAAUGGGAAAUGCUUCUUGUUCUGGAAAUGUCUUCAUCGAUUUCAAUUGGAAUCUUAUCUUUGACGGAAAAGAUAAACCAUUCCCAGGAAUCACCAUCAAUAUCUACUCUACAAUUAACAAUGUUUUAAUAUUCUCGACGGUUUCUGGUCCUGAUGGUAAAUGGAUAGUAAAUGGACUAUGGCCAGGAAUGCCCUAUCAAUCAAAUUCCACCGGAUUAAAUGGUCAAAAAACUGUUAUGGCUAAACAUAAGGACACUGGUGCUGUGAAUGGCGUUACCUAUAGACCAGAGUCUGGAGACACCUAUGUCUCUGCCUAUUGGAAGGAUAGAUCUGGUUUUGGACCUGCCGGAACUGGAGGAAUCUACAGAAUCACCCAAGAUUUAAAUGUAUCAAUCUAUGCCGAUUUAAAUCAAAUAUUUGGUGCAAACUAUUCGGGUCCCGACGCACAUACCUUCGGUAACGAACCCAGUUUCGACGAAAACCCAACUGCAUCAAACACCAUCAAAGUUCCUGUUCCAAACCCUGGCUGUGUGGUAGCUUAUGACUGGCGUAUUUUCGCUGUAAAAAUCUUUAAUGGCUCACUUUACUGUGGUGGUGUUUGUUCUGGUGAUGCGGGAACCCAACUCGAUGGAUUUAUUGUAAGACUAAAUCCAUCGAAUACCUGGGAAACCGUUCUACAAUUCCCAUUGCCAUACCCAGAAAGAGGUGAUGAUUCUAGUUUUGGUCCAUGGAGAAUUUCAACUGGCCAUCAAGCUAUGAUAAGCAGCAUUGCGUUCGAUGACUCUGGAAAUAUGGCUAUUGCAUUUAGGAAUAGACUUUCAGAACUUAACAUGGGUUAUGGCGCUUACCCAGAUCUUCAGAUGGCAUGCAAAAACAAGUAUGGAGAUUACGUAUUGGAAUAUAAUGGUAUAUGUGGAAGCAGAACCGCUACACCUGUAAAUCCAUAUGGUCGUGGAGGUCAUCGUUUCUUUGCCUCUGGCGAUUAUAUAGGAAGUAGUGUUGCCAGAGCCGGUCCAAAUUCUUUUAUAUCCACCAGAAGAGAUAUUAAUGCCGUUGGUACUGGAGGUGUUGCUUGGCUAAACAGCAUCAACGGUACUCUAACCAAAUUAUUUACAAUUUACAGAUCUACUGCCGGAAGUUAUCUUAAAGCACAAGGUCUUGGUGCAAUAGCGCCUGUCUACCCUCCAGUACCAGUUGACACUACAGAAUGUGGAAGAAUCUGGUUCGAUUGCAAUGCAAAUGGAAGACAAGAUUGCAAUGAAGUCGGAAUAUCUAAUAUUACAGUAUAUUUGUAUGAUCUAGCCAACCUUGCCUCACAAAUAGCUACCGUCGUAUCUGACCAGAAUGGUAAUUUCAGAUUCACCACAGUUCCCGGCCAUCAAUACGCAUGUGUAAUUCCAAUCUCGGAUGUCAAUAACAAAUUCGGACCGUUCAUCCUAUCACCGGCUCUUAAUGAUUCAUCUCUUGAAUACAUUGAUAGUGAUGCUCAAGUGAUCAAUCAAUAUCUUGUUUCUCAAUUCAAUUCAACCAACUAUAAUGGACAUAUCUAUAGUGAUUGUCAUUUUGGUAUUGUUAAACCAAAUGGUACCAAUCAAAACGGAUAUGGAUAUAGAGUAGCAAAUGGAACAUGCGAAGUUCUCAAUUGUCCAGUAUGCACAAGAGCACCUCAAUUAAAUAACAAUUUUUAUUCUUAA